AUGUCGCCCAACCGCGCCAUGGCCCUUCUCGUUGUCGUCGGCAUCCUCCUGCCGUCGUCUUGUGCUGCGGAUGCCAAGCAGCUCGAGGCGGCCAAGCCAACACCCUGGAGCAUCCAGAAGCCCGGCAGCGCCACACAGAGCCUUGCCCUCGAGCACAUCCCGCUGCCCUACGGCGUCACCGGCGCCGAGAGCCUCGCCUUCGACCGCAGGGGCCAGGGGCCCUACACCGGCGUCUCCGAUGGCCGCAUCCUCCGGUGGGACGGGAGCUCCAACUCCUGGACUACGUUCGCGUACAACGCCAACUACAAGAACAAACCAAUCUGCACGGCGCCCGCGAGGCGGCAGGAAGACGUCGAGAGCAUCUGCGGGCGGCCGCUCGGCCUGCAAUUCUACGCCAAGACCGGCGAUCUGUACAUCGCCGACGCGUACCUAGGGCUGAUGAAGGUUGGGUCCAACGGCGGCGAGGCCGAGGUGCUCGCCGCUGAGGCCGACGGCGUGCCGUUCACCUUCACCAACGGCAUCGACGUCGACCAGGUCACCGGCGACAUCUACUUCACCGACUCCAGCACCACCUACACGCGCGCGCGCAACACACAGAUCAUGAUCCACCGCGACGUGACGGGGAGGCUGCUCAGGUACAACGCGCGGGCUGGGCGUGUCACCGUGCUCAAAGCUGGCCUGCCUUACCCGAACGGCGUCGCCCUGAGCACAGACCGGACGCACGUCGUGGUGGCACACACGGGCCCGUGCCAGGCGUUCAGGUACUGGAUCAGGGGGCCCAAGGCCGGCCGCUACGAGCUCCUCGCUGACCUACCGGGGUAUGCGGACAACAUCAGGCGAGACACCAGGGGAGGCUACUGGUUCGCUCUGAAUAGGGAGAAGAUCAACGCGACGGCUCCCGAGCACCUCGUCGGCGUCCGGGUCGACAGCAAGGGCGCGGAGCUAGAGGUGAUGACAGCAGCCAAGGGUGUCACGCUCAGCGACAUUGCGGAGAAAGACGGCAAGCUAUGGCUGGGAUCGGUGGAGCUCGACUACGUCGGGCUAGUUAAUUAUAAGUAAUUAAAUAAUUAGUUCUUUAGUAGAUUUGAUAAUAAUUAGUGGUUAAGAACUACUGCCAUAUGCAUUAGGCCAGGUUUAGUAAGGUUUACAAACUACUGUCAGUUAGAUGCAGAACUUGCCUUAUUUGUGUCUUGCACAUUUUAAUGGAUUUUGG